AAUCUCAUUUGCACAUGGCGACAGGGAAAUCGCGAUAGACAGCGCCAGAUCCUCGGUUGUGGGCUCCAUCAGGAUCGCGCCAGCCUCGUUUUGGGGCGACCCCGCUCUUCCUGGUGGGCGUGGCACAGCUGCAAGACGAAGGGAUAUCAUAGCCGGACCGUUUAAAGGGUCGCGACGCGCGAAAUGUAAACGCUAUCCGUCUGCUGCUAGUUGCGGCUUUCCACGCGCUAUCCCUACCACUCUUUCCGACACCCGAACCACCUUGAAUACCGUUGCGAUGCCGAUUCGAAGCGACUGGACCCUUGCGCGCGAAGGCGUAACUGGUGAUACUAUAAGCCGCCUUAUCAGGUACACGGCCUUCAACCCUGCGCUCACGCUUCCCCUCAUCCUCCUUGCGCGCUACACGCAGCAAGGCAAUGCCCUUGCCCAAGACCAUGCCACAGCGUUCAAAGGCUUGAAGAUGCUGCUGGGCUUGGGCGCGCUGAGUACCGUCAACGCCUGGCUCAACAGUGGCGUUACCAACAACUGGAGUGGCGAUGCCUAUGUAUGGAGCCGCGAGGUUGUUGUUGUAACCGGAGGCAGCGAUGGCAUUGGCAAGAUUGUUGUCCAGCUGCUCGCCGAGAAGGGCAUCAAGGUCGCCGUCCUGGAUGUUCAGGACUUGACGUAUGAAGCACCAUCAUCCGUCCGCUUCUUCAAAUGCGACCUCACCGACCCCGAAGCCAUCGCUUCCGCCGCCUCAUCCAUCCGCUCCACGCUCGGUAACCCCACGGUCCUCAUCAACAACGCCGGAGUCGCACGCGGCAAAACGAUCCUCGAAUCGACAGAGAAGGACAUCAACCUAACCUUCAAGGUCAACGCCUUCAGUCACUACUACCUGACGCAGCAAUUCCUGCCCGCCAUGAUCGCCGCCAACCACGGCAUGAUCGUCACCGUCGCCUCCGUAGCCGGCUACCUGUCCGCCCCCUCCAUGGUCGACUACGCCUCGUCCAAAGCCGCCGCACUCUCUUUCCACGAAGGCCUCGCCGCCGAACUCACCGCCCGCUACAACGCGCCCAAGAUAAGGACUGUGCUCAUGGCCCAGAGCUACACGCGCACUGCGCUGUUCGAAGGCUUCGAUUCUAAGGGCGUGCUUUACCCUGAGACGGUCGCCGAGAGCAUUGUCAAGGCUGUGCUAAGUGGCAAGAGUCAGCAUAUCUGCCUGCCUGAGACUAGUGGGCUUUUCAUUCCUGCGAUAAGGAAUUGGCCGUAUUGGAUGCAGUAUGGGCUGAGGAAGAGGCUGGGCAAGCUUAUGGCGGGGUGGAAGGGCAGGCAGGUUGUCCAGCCUAGUUUGGCGGGGGAGGAGAAGAAGGUUGAGGAUAGUACUGUGCUUGUUGAUAAAGAGUAGGAGGUGAAUGAUGAGUGACCGCUUGUGGUACUGUCAGCAAUAUGCACAUAAUCUUUCUUGACGUGUGUUGGGGUUGUAGAUGCCGAGCUGUUCAUAUUUCUUUUGAUGUGUUACAUAAUCUUGCAAUAUACCUUUCAUAUAAUUGAACGAUAUCA